UCUGAGGCGCCGCUGCUGGGCUGCAGUAGCGCUUUGUUUCCUCUCAGUGUGAAGGAUCUCUGAUGAUUUCUGACCUGUUAUCUAUAAAUCCAGAGGUUUUUAUCUCAGCCUGGUACUUCUUACUGUUGGGAAGACGCGACAGCUUCAAAAAUGAGCACCCUGGCGGCGUGUAAGGAACCUUUUGACAGAACCAGCUCUGAACCCGUGGAGGACACAGACACCACCAGCUUUGUGACAGAGUUUGAGGCCAACUACCCAGUGCAAGUGACGGAUCCACAUGAUGCUGUGACUCUCCACCUGAGCUCGAUGCCGUCUGGAUACCUGAGCCCCUCUUCAGACAGAAUCAAACAGCCAGUUGAAGACGUCGAAGUAGGCACCUGCCCGACUUCAAUUUCACCAGACUACCCCAAAGAGCUGCAGAUGCUGAACAGCCCCUGUGAAAAAUGCUGCUUCGCCACGCCCCCUCCGAAGAUCAGCGACCUCAUGAACGACAAAGACCUCCUGGACUUACUGCGGCUCAAACUGGAUCCGAACCACUGCACCGUCAAAAACUGGAAGAACUUUGCGAGCCGCUGGGGGAUGAGCUACGAUGAACUGACCCUGCUGGAGCACCGGACACAGGGCUCUUUGUCCCACAGCCCCACCCAGGAGUUCCUGCUGCGCUACAACCAGAAGACGGUCACUGAGCUCACUGAACUUUGCCGCCUGUAUCAGCGUAUCGACGUGCUGCGGCUGCUGCAGAGCUGGAUAGAGGAGGUCUGGCCUUCACGCUGGCAACAGACUCAUUAACCAGUUUGACUCUUUACAUAUUUAUCCCGUCUCUCUUUUGAUUUCGUCAGGGUGUUACAUGUUGGGGAAUUUUGUCUUCUUUUUAUACUUUGAUACUUGUGACAGAUCUUUUCAGUGACUUUAGCUGAUCUUUAUGAAAUUAUACAUUUUGUAAAUAAGGAAGCAUCACUGAACGUUUCAGGUAAUGUGGGUUAAGUGCCCACACGACUUACUACUGAUGAACAGUGGGGCCUGUUGAACAUUAUAGCCCUGCUGACAGCUUGACUCUGGGGUUAGUGGUGCAAAGCCUGGCCCACACUAAGAGACUUUUUAAAUCUUAACCAAUGUUAGAAAUGUGAGAGACCCUGCACAUAAUGACAAAUAAUGUCAGAGUUAUCAGUUUUGUUCUUGAUGAUGAUAGGCCAACAACAGACAACCAGAGUCCACACUCUCUGAAGUGGAAGUCUACCAAAACCAAAUGUGACUUUAGAGUGAACAAACAUGGCGGAGGAGAGGAUGUAUUUGUAAUGAGCUCCUCUUCCUGUCAGUUUGAGGGUUGUGGCAUGUUUUACAAGACACGUUGUAUAAACACUUAUGUUGUUGCCACAAAUCAACAAGUUGGUCCACUGUGUCUGACGUCUGACUGACUUUAUGCAUCUUUCUGACCCCCAAUUUACACAGGAUACACCACUUUGCUUUAAGGCUGCGCAGCGUGUUUCCUCCAUCCGGCAGCUUGCACCCUGCUCCACAGGACACGUGUUUGGAGCGUAGCGCCAGCUCAGAGCAGACAGGAUCAGCUGGGUCCAGCAUAGAGAGAACUACAUAUAAACAACAGGUUACAGAGCCUUUUUUUGUGGUUGAAUUUCUGCUCAUUUGAAUAUCAUUCUGUUACUUUUGUGCUUCUAUCAUCACUGAGUAUGCUGCAUUACAAUACAGUUCAGAUUUUACAGGUUUAGAUGAGUUUAACAUGAAUAAUUCUGCUCUAUUUUGUUGUCCUUCUGACACAUUUAUCAUCUUAAAGUCCUGUUGUAGUCGACAUGGAUCACUCAUCUGUGGCUGUUUGUAGCUGACAUCCAUAAUCGAUGAGUAUUUCUGAUCUAAACAAUCUUUAAACGGUCGGGAGUCUGUAUAUGGUGGGGUUUUUUUAAUUUGGGGAUGUUGCAUGCAAUCUUUGUGCCUGACUUCCUGUCCAAGUCGAUCUUCUCUGUAUGAUUGAUGCGUGCUUGAGGCGGGCUCCGUCGAAAAUAGACUGGAAGUGUAUCUCUGGUGGAGCAGCAUGGGGACAGAGCUGAGACGUGCUGCUGCGUGCCCUGUGUACACAGGAGCAUUGGCUAGAAUAGGAACGUAUUGGCUGCGACAUGCGCAGCGCAGCCGUAACGUGACGCUGCACAUCCUGUUUAAAUUGGGGAUACUGUUGUGGCCACGGCUGCAUUUGUUGUGAUUCCUUCUUCAGUCAGAUUGCUUUUUCAUUAAAUAUUGAACAUGUUUAAUAUUCAUCAUUUCAAAUCAGUGCAUCCUCGAUCUUCUUCCUAACAGGUCAGGGAAAGUAUGAUCACUGCUGACCUGACAAGAUAACCUUCAGAACCAUAACAAAUCGUGAACAUCGUCCCGAACGUCUUGUAGUGUGUACCCUGCUUAACUAUUUUAGAACCAGUGCACUACCGUCAAGACUCCAGUGGUCGGUCGGUCCAUCACUCUGGUCUAAUCAGAAUAUCUCAACAACUGAUGGACACAUUCCCCAAAACUGUGUACACACAUUCAUGAUUAUUGGUCCCACUUUCUUGCAAAAAAAAUCCUGUUUACCUGAAAUGUUCUCGUGCAGGUCUUCUGUUUGUUGUUUUGGGGUCAACAUGUCUCAACAGCUUUUGACUGGAUUGCAAAAACACGUGGUUUGAAUUUUAAUAAUCUUACUCACAAGUUCUUAUUUUCCUUAUCUGUACUAUGCCUGUGGCUUAUUAGCUAGUAUUGACAUGAUCCAAUGAGAUGAGGGAAACAAAGGGCUAACGGCCUCACAGAGCCACUCACGUCAUCAUCAGGGCCUGUGUGCACUUUCAGUAUCUUUGCACUGGCAGCAGCACAAUAACAAACAUAGUUCAGUGUUUUCAGUGUUAAAGCAUCCUCAUCCGGCUGUUUUUUGUUGCUCUGCUUAUAAAAUAGUUUCGCUUUUGAAACACGGACCAGUUUCUGAACAGAGAAGAAACUAAAUACACUUGAGUGUUCAAUUUCAGGUUCAGAGCUGCUGAUAAUGCUUCAACACACUCUGUCCAUUGAAUGAAGGUUUUUUAAGUUGAAAUUCCAUCAAAUAAAAGAAAAUAAGAAGCAUACAGAGCAAUUAAAACAACUUUCAUAACCUAGCAACAUUAAACGCCAAUGACAUGGGCUCUGAAACUGAGGUUGUGGGUGCUGCACAAAAAAUGUCAUUAAUGGACACAGGCCCUUUUUUUGUUGCUGUGCUUCUGAUAGCUUUGAAUAACAAGCUAAACACAAAUUACAAAGUAUUUUGUUAAUUUUUGGAAAUAAUACUUUAAUUCCUGCAACAUACCGCACACGCCAGAGCAGCUGGGACAUCGUCUCUAAGGCAGAUGUAACAUCUGUCUCUCGCCUUUCUGAAAUAUUUAGCUGAGUGCUAAAUACCAGAACA